AGCUGUAAAAAAGGGAAAAUAGUAAGUUUCUUGAACAAAUUUCGUGAGUUUCGUAGUAAAUAUAAAGGUGAUAAGAGUUAUUUAGAGUAAAGGGUAAGAGUCUUAGCGAACCGCAGCGCGAAAGAUCCCCCAAAAGACCGGACUGAAACUACGAAAAAGGAUUUCAAAUCCUUUUACAACACCACCGGAACCAAACUCAAUCAACCCCAGACUGUACCGAAAUCUGUGGAAGAGGAGUGUCCCAAAAGCCCCCCUCUGAAGCCGCUGAGCCCCGACUGCAAAAUGUUACAAAAUCCGGCGGCAACGAGGUACUUCCAUCGGAUCUUCAAAACACUCUGCACAUUAGAGAGCGUGUCCCCGGGAACAGCCGCAAGAUGUUUCUCAACCAAACCGGCACCCCAAGCGGCACCCCAAGCGGCACCGGCAACUACGACGAGCACCGGCAAAUCUCCGGGCGCAGGCGGAAGCGUUACGGAACGAAAAUCCAUCAUUCCGCCAAACUACAGAUUCGCCUAUCAAGAGUUCCUGCCUGACCCAAAGAUCGAAUGGAGGAACUCGCUGAGGGAAAAGCUUGAACGAAAGGAUAUGCUGGACCGACGCGCCAACAUCGACAUACCGGAGUUCUACGUUGGUUCCGUGCUGGCCGUUACGUCCUCCGAUCAGCAUGCGGAGAACAAAACGGCCCGCUUUGUGGGAAUUUGCAUUUUGCGCGAAAAAGCCGGUUUGCGCCAUCGAUUUAUUCUGCGGAACGUGAUCGACCAUCAGGCCAUCGAGAUUAGUUACGACCUGUACGAUCCCACCGUACAUAAGAUCGAGGUUCUGCGGCUAGAAAAACGGCUGGAUGACCAUUUGAUCUAUCUGCGCGACGCGCUAGACGAGUACAGCACGUUCGACAUCAACAUGGAACCCGAGAUCCUUCCGGAAGGUACACCCGUACCGGUGAAUGAUGUGAAGGUCGUACUGAAACCUCAUCCAUGGUAUGCACGUUGGGAGCGUCACAAUCUGCAGGGCGUUGCCAACAUUGAAGAGCACACGAACGAGCGACGCCGUCGGAAGGCGGCCCUCGUAGCGACUCCGUGGGAAAAGUACGAUCUUAUGAAAGAAUAUCGGCGCUCGAUUCCGGAAGAGGAGCAAAAGGAGAUCUUUACCGAAAUCUACUCUACACUCCAUUCCUUGGAACUACAGCGCAAGAAGAUGAAACGUAAGCGUACCUUCGUUAAACCGACCAAGCUGGCGUAGAUAGUUCUGAGGAGAGUGUGAGACAUAGAAAUAAAGUCCGUCACGCGGGAUUAGGAAACU